AGGGCUCCGCCCCCAGGCCAGGCUUAAAAGGCAGCGCGGAGCCCGCUGGCCUGUGCGACCAUGAGCAGCAGUGUGCAACACAGCACCGGCCCUGUCCAGCUGCCGGAGGAGAGGGAGGAGAGGCGCUUUCUCAGCACCUCGGAGGCGGCUGCUCUGGAACGGGAGCUACUGGAUGAGUACCGCUUCGGGCGGCAGCAGCUGGUGGAAAUAUGUGGGCACGCUAGUGCUGUGGCUGUGACCAAGGCGUUCCCCUUGCCCUCGCUGUCGCGGAAGCAGAGGACGGUGCUAGUUGUGUGCGGCCCGGAGCAGAAUGGCGCUGUGGGGCUGGCGUGUGCCCGGCACCUGCGGGUGUUUGAAUACCAGCCCAGCAUCUUCUGUCCCGCGCAUUCGGCCGACGCGCUGCACCGUGACCUGACCACGCAGUGCGAGAAGAUGGACAUCCCCUUCCUGUCCUUCCUGCCCGCCGAGGUGCGGCUCAUCGACGACGCGUACGGGCUGGUGGUGGACGCGGUGCUCGGGCCGGGGGUGCGGCUGGCGGAGGCAGGCGGGCCCUGCGCGCGCGCGCUGGCCACGCUCAAGCGACUCUCAAUCCCACUUGUGAGCCUGGACGUCCCCUCAGGCUGGGAUGCGGAGGCCGGCGGCGACACGAAGGACGCGGUGCAGCCCGAUGUGCUGGUGUCCCUUGCGGCGCCCAAGAGCUGCGCGGGCCGCUUCUCCGGACGUCACCACUUCGUAGCCGGCAGAUUCGUGCCUGACGACGUGCGCCGAAAGUUUGGCCUGCACCUGCCAAAAUACACUGGCACCGACUGCGUGGCCUCGCUGUAA